AUGAUAGUAGCUAAUAGCAAUGUUACUUACACUAAAUGCUAUUCCGAUAUCGAAAAAGAAAGUUUUAUUAUUACAUCGAAAGAAUUAAAGAGUUUGGAACUAUUUCAACCUGAUCUAAACUAUUCAAAUGAAGCGUAUGAUGUCAAGAAAGCAAGUACAAGAUAUACUUUUGACAAUAUUUGGACAAUGAUUGGUUCCGUCGAAGAUUCUUACUUCCAUGAUAUAUCAGUCAGUGAAUCUGGUGCAGCAAUUAGAAUUGCUACUUCAAACUUCACAUUAACUGUUGACAAAGUAUUUUUCUCACAAUGUACUUCUUAUUCAGGAUAUGAUGCUGUCACAGCUGGUGCCAUAUACUAUGUUGUAUACACAGGAUAUAUUUUUGUGUAUAAAACAUGCGGAAUCAAUUGUUCAUCAAUGCAGGAAGCUCAUUUCUCAUAUUGUAGGAUCGUAGAUAAUGGAUCGGCCAGUAUCAGUGAUCUAACAAUUGCUCAAUGUCCAUCUUCGAUCAAGUAUCAAGGUUAUACUCAAGGAUUUUUUAUGAAUUCAAGAUUUGAGCGAACAAAUAUCUCAAAUUGUCAAUGUCCAAGUUUCGCAGCUGGCAUGUACUCUGCUUCAAUUGAUUUCCCUUCUGAUCAGAAAAGUAUCCAGUUUAAUUAUUCAUCUUUCAGUCAUCUUUCGUGUAAGAAAUAUGGUUUGUUUAACACCGAAGGAUCAUCUUGUCUACUUGACAGCUGCAACUUAAUUGAAAAUACGGGAUUAUUGAAUAUAAUGCCAAUGUUCAAUGGCAAUUCAACUUUAUUAAACUGCUAUUUCAAGGGAAAUGUCAAUUUGACACUUCCACUUGCUGAAAAAAGUCAAUCUGAACCAAACUCAAUUAAAUUUGGAAAGUAUUGCAAAGUAAUAAAUAGCAAUACAGCUCUCAAGAUAGCACUUGGUAUAAGUAUCCCCAUAAUCAUAAUUGGAGUAGCUAUAUUAGUUUAUUGUGUUAUCAACAAUAAAAUGCUUGCAAAACUUCAGGCUAAGGAAGAUUUACGCAGAGAAGUCGACUUAAGUUUUGGCUAA